AGAAAAUAAUAAAUGAAGUGGCGAAACUAGAUGACUCAAUGGAAUUUGAGAAUAAGUUUCUCAUGUAUAAUGUAUAAAAGCUCGUGACAAAAAGAUAUUUGCAACGUGUAAUUUAAUAUGACGACGAGAAUCAUACUACGAAUCUCUACCAAGAUAGAAUUAUAAUUAAUAUAUGGCAGAGUUGCCAAAUAGGGAUACCUGCUGUGAAAUUGAACACUUUUUGUCUGCAAUUUUUCUUCACUCAAAAUUCACAAUACUUUCUGGGGUCUCCAGUAAUACACCAUCGGACGAUAGUGGGUCGCAAUGUGGCAGUGAGAGUCCUCUGGACUCAAUAUCUUCGCUGAGCAGUACCAAGUCCAAUUCUGAAGAAAACUCUACUUUAGAAGGAGUAGUGAUGGGUCUUCUCCGGCACAUCGCUGGUCUGACUCUCAGCCAAGAAGUCGAACUGCACAGACUUCUCUCCAAUUCCGAAACAAAAAUGAUGAACAACCUUAUGCGAAAAGGCAGGCCAGUACCGCUGAAUCCAUUUCCGGUGGUAGUCCGCAAGUUCGGGAAUUCCUUCACAACAGGGUUAGAAACUAUAUCUGUGAUUGGUAAUGAGGGAAUGGAGGAAGACAACUUGUGUCGGCCCUGGGGCAUCGCGUGUGACAAGGAUGGACACAUUGUUGUCGCUGACAGAUCGAACAACAGGAUUCAAAUUUGGCAAGAGAAUGGCACUUUCGUCCGAAGAUUCGGAACACUCGGCACUGGACCCGUUCAAUUCGAUCGUCCUGCUGGUGUAGCCAUCGAUGCGGAAAAGCGGUUGAUCGUCGUGGAUAAGGACAACCAUAGAGUCCAGGUUCUGACAAUGGAGGGCGACUUCAUAUUUGCCUUCGGGGAGAAGGGUUCUAAAGUCGGCCAAUUCAGCUAUCCUUGGGAUUGUGCUACCAACAGCCAGUGCCAGAUUGUGGUAUCAGACACUCGAAACCAUCGUGUCCAGUUGUUCACUUCGUCUGGAAUUUUCCUUCGUACAUAUGGAUCUGAGAACGUAGGCAAUAUGUACAAGAAUUUUGAUUUACCACGAAGUGUUGCUUUUAAUCCUGAGGGAAAUGUCGUUAUGACUGAUUUCAACAAUCAUCGACUUGUCGUUAUCAGUGCUGACUUCAAUAGCGCGCGGACACUGGAGUUCGGUACAGAGGAUGCUAGUCUCGCUCUGUUGAGGCCACAAGGAAUAGUUGUUGAUGACAAUGGAAAUCUCAUAGUGGCGGACUCGAAGAAUCAUAGGAUUCAGGUUCGAGACGCUGCUGGUAAUCUUGAGUGGAUAUUCGGGAGUUUUGGACAAGGGGAUGGACAGAUGGACAGACCAUCGGGCAUUGCUUUAACCCGCACGGGGCGAAUUGCUGUUGUAGACUUUGGUAAUAAUCGAGUUUUGCUCAUUUGAGAUGUCGCACUGAUGAGCAAAAUGUCACUCCGAAUGAUUUUAAGUCAGUUUCUGAGACCUAUUCAAUUAAUAGUGUAUAAAUUUGUCAACACUAUUUUUAGAUGAAUUAUCCUCGUUGUAUAAAUAAGUUUUGCAUCGUUUUAUAUUUUAAUGUGAUCAUGACUUAACAAUUUUAUUUGUUAUGAAAAAUAUAUUGGACGUAUUAGGUA